GCCCGUCUCCGCAGGCCCCGCCCCCUUUCCUUCUCGGCCUUACCGGCGCCUCCAGCGCGCGCUGAAGAUGGCGGCUACCGCGGGAAGGUUAAUCCGGGCCUUGGUUGCCCGACAGGUGAGCGCCAUUCCCUGGGGCGUUUCUGCCUCUGCAGCCCUUAGACCUGCUGCUUCUGGAAGAAAGUGCUUGACAAACACGUUGUGGUCUGGUUCUCAUCAAGCAAAAUGCUCCUUCAGCACCGGUUCCUCCUACCUUGCUCCUGCUGUCACCCAGCAUGCACCCUAUUUUAAGGGCACAGCUGUUGUCAAUGGAGAGUUCAAAGACCUAAGCCUGGAUGACUUUAAGGGGAAAUACCUGGUGCUUUUCUUCUAUCCUCUGGAUUUCACCUUCGUGUGUCCUACAGAAAUUGUUGCUUUUAGUGACAAAGCCAACGAAUUUCACGACGUGAACUGUGACGUCGUUGCUGUUUCGGUGGAUUCCCACUUCAGCCACCUCGCCUGGAUAAAUACUCCGAGGAAGAACGGCGGUUUGGGCCACAUGAACAUCCCGCUCUUGUCAGAUUUAACUAAACAAAUUUCCCGAGACUACGGCGUGCUGUUAGAAAACCCUGGUCUUGCACUAAGAGGACUCUUCAUCAUUGACCCCAAUGGCAUCAUCAAGCACUUGAGUGUCAAUGACCUCCCAGUGGGCCGAAGUGUGGAAGAGACCCUCCGCUUGGUGAAGGCAUUCCAGUUUGUGGAGACCCAUGGAGAAGUCUGCCCGGCAAACUGGACACCUGACUCUCCUACAAUCAAGCCAAGCCCUACUGCUUCCAAAGAAUACUUUGAGAAAGUACAUUAAUAGGUCAUCCCAUGUACACCUGUAUAGCCUUUUAUGCCAGAGAAGAACCACAGGUUGGAGCCCAGUGUUAGCAUUUCAAAGACGAUUGCUUAUAGAAGGCAAAAAUAGAAAAUUAUGCUUGUAUUCAUAAAUAGUACUCAGUGUUUUUGUAACAUUGUCUAAGGCUUUUUAAGCUUGGCUAGCUGCUAAUGUUACUUGUAACAUCUUGAUGGCUGGUUAGAAUGUCUUAUUUCACCUCCUUCUUGGUCAUAUUUUCAAUGGGAAAAAGAAACACUUUCUUAACCUUACUUGAAUGCUUAAGUACACCACAGUAGCACAGCAAAUACUCAAAGCUUCUGAUCAAGGUCCUGAAAUUGUCUUCUUGAAUUUCUUUGUAGUAAACUGAAUUUUCUUUUACGGUAACAAAGAUCAUUGGUUUUUUAAGUUGUUAGCAUCAGCGAUCUAAUUUAACUCUUGCAAUGGACAUAUGUGUGAUUGAAACAAAUGUGAAUCAUGUUUUGAAGAAAACACUUACAGUGGCAAACUGAUUUAACUGACCAUGCAUGACCCCCAUCCCUGCGAUCGUGUUUACAUCAUUCUUGUACUUAUUUUAUUCGUUGGGUGACUUAGUGUCUACAUACAUUUCUAGAUAAUGAUUGGGUGUGAUUAUAAAUGAUAUUUAUUGAGUCCAGGGAUUGCAUUUUGAAAUCAUUGUAAUUAUUUUCUUUCUGGAACUGCUCAAUUUAAAAUAUAUAAUAAAAAAUAAACAUUUUAAAAUA